AUGAACUACCUAGAUGACAUCAAGAUUGUUGUGGAGGAGUUGCCUGGUGUGACACCUUCUGUGUCUGCUCUUGCUUCCUCUACUCCAACUGCGUCUGGGGGCUCUCAGACAAUGCCUGCGUCGCGAUCUGCGCUGAACAAACCUCCUAUGAAGAAAGGGGAUUCUUCCUCCAGGAAGGUGCCUGAGCCCUCUACCCGAUUGAAACAGGCGUCUGCGAAACGCCGGAAGCUUGACUUGGAUUUGUGUCCUGAUCCCCGUGCCUGGAUUGAAGAGCACUUCGGAUCUGCUUCAAUUCAUGACGCGGAGGUGUCUGGUCUGUACUCCCAGUUUCUUCAGUUGAGUGGAGAUAUGGAUGCGUGGAGGCAGGUGCCUGUUGAUGACAUUUUUGAUAAAUUUGAUGCUUCCUUGCUGCAUGUGGUUCAAGGCGUCUCCUUUCUGCGUCAGCAGAAUGAUCACCUGACGGAAAAGUAUGAACGAGAGCUUGCGUCUCUGCGACAAUCUGCGCAGGCGGAAACGCAGAAGCUGAAAAACUCUCUCCAGGUGGCUGUUGACAAAGGCAAAAUCCUGGAGCGAAAAGUUGCUGAUCGUGACGCUUCUCUGUUGGAGGUGCAACGGGUCCGUGAUAGGUUGCUGUCUGAGCAAAAAGAGAAUAGAAAAGAUGUGAAUGCCUACAUUUCUGGCUGUUUAACCGACUUCUGUGCUACUGCUGUCGGGGUGGUUCGUCAAGACUAUCCUGACUACGACAUUGGGAAGUUCUUAGCCAUUGACCUCCGUGCCUUGGGUCAGCGUGUCAUGGCGAAGACAGCUGCUAAGAAGAAGUUGCCUGUAGAUGCUUCUACGGAGAAGAGGGUUGCUUCUGCGCCUCUAACGCCGCGUUCAACGUCUGGGGCCACAUCAACUUCUGAUGAAGGAUUGGUAUUCGACAAGCCUCCUCUUUCUGAGACCGCGGCCCUUAAGAGCGCAGAUGAUGUUGAAAAGGAGGUUGCCGAAGAGCUCCCUACAGCUGACUCUUCUAUUUUGGUUGAGCGUCCUUCUGAAGUUAUUCCUGAAGAUGCCCUUGGCGUGGAUGAUGUUCCUGAGAAAAUGCUGUCUGCUGGAGAAGGAGAUGCUUCUGUCACAGAGACUGCACCUUCUGCGGAGGAAGUGGUGUAGGCAGUGAAGCCUUUCUUUUACAUACUUAUUCUGUUAAGCUAGCUUUCUUUUGUAAUUGCCUUUUGGACAAAAACUUCUUAGUUCUUUCUUUUUGGGGUACUUAUGUUUUAUUUGAACUGGCCCACUAUUUUUAGAACUGUUA